GGUGGCCAUGGUGGUUCUGGCGGGUACCUACGUGGCUCGGGGCUUCCCGCGCGGAGCAUUAGCGUUGCGGGGCCUGCCUAACAUUCACUUACACACACACACACACGUUGCCUCGUGUUAUUGUUGCUGUUGUUGUUUGUUGUUUUUUGUGCCAAUUUCGCAUUCCUUUCGCGUAUUCCGAUGUUGCUAUUAUAAUAUUCCCAGCGCAAUCGUAAACGUAAGUAGAGCCCGAUUCCAUCAUAGCGACCCCUUUUCUCUCUCCCUCGAAUUGCUGAUUCGUAUCGGGAUUGUCGCCGCAGGGGAGAAUUGCGAGACGUAGGGAAAGACAAAAAGAGCGAUGGAUGCAUCGUGUGCUUAAGCAGAUGUAUCCAUCAUGGCGUCCGACACGUACAGCUCAGGCGGCGCGGAGAUGACAACACGCAAUUGAAGGCAGUUGUAGGGGGGUUGUUUGUUUUGCAAUCUAUAGACGGCAACGGAGAGUGUUGCUGUUGGAGUGAAACGGUAGGGAGUGGUCUGGUCUGGAGUGUUGCGGUGUGGAAUCUUGGAGUUGAGUUUUGAGUAGGAAGGGAACACUGAUCGUUUUGGAGAAUGGGAUCAGAAGGUCAGGACGAGUCGGGGGAAUUAUCUUCGAUGGGUGUCACGAGGAGGAGAAACAAGGUUGAGACGGUGAAAGAAAUGAACGCGGUGCGGAGCCCUUUGGGUAGCCCUAGAAAGGCGGUGCUGGAAUUAUGGGGCAGUGUUAAACACCAACUCGUGGAAUUCUCAGCUUUACCAGCACACCUUCGGGACAACAAUUAUAUUCUGGGUCAUUAUCGUGUCGAUUGGUCUGUGAAACGCGCCCUUUUCUCCAUCUUUGAAAUGCACAACGAAACCUUCAACGUUUGGACUCAUUUGGUUGGAUUUCUUCUCUUUCUGGGUCUCACUAUCUAUACAGCAACACAUUUGCCGAACAUUGUGGAGCCCAACACUCUUCAUAGAUGGCAUUCCGGAAUCAUGGAGUCUCUGCCCUCCUAUCUGCAUCUACCGGAAGCGCUCUCGAGUUGUGUUCCUGGCACUUUUGACGGCACUCGAUGUGUACAGAGGCCCAUCACACGAUGGCCUUUUUUCGUAUUCCUGGCAGGUGCGAUGUUUUGCUUAUUGGCCAGCGCAAUAUGUCAUCUCUUCAGCUGUCUUUCAGCUACAGCUUUCUAUGCAUUAAUGCGGAUUGACUACGCAGGAAUUUCAACCCUUAUAGCAGCAUCGUUUUAUCCACCUGUGUACUACAGUUUCAUGUGCAAUCCCGUUCUGUGUAAGAUGUACCUCGGUCUCAUUACCACGAUGGGGAUUGGUACGAUAUUAGCCUCUUUGUUACCCAUUUUUCAGACAUCAGAGUACCGCGCGUUCCGUGCUUCUUUGUUCUUCACAAUGGGAGUCUCAGGAAUCAUCCCAUGCGUACACAAAGUUCUCUUAUACCAGGACGAGCCUAUAGCGUACAAAACACUAUAUAUGGAAAUCGCUAUGGGUGUCAUGUAUGGGCUUGGUGCCCUAAUCUAUGCGACCCGUAUCCCGGAGCGAUGGAGACCCGGCACUUUCGAUAUCAUUGGUAACAGCCAUCAGGUGUUUCACAUCUUGGUUGUGGCAGGGGCUUACACUCAUUACCAAGGUGGAUUACUGUAUCUCAAGUGGCGCGAUGCGACCAGUUGCUCUAUGUCUUAAGUGAUCCUUUGAUAGAUCAGAUGAAGUGCGAGAGCUGCCAAUGAUCGCAUUGUUAAAACCCUUCUGAUAUUGUGGGAUUUUGGCGGGAAUUUAAGGGUUUCACAACAAGAGUAUAUUCUUCACACUUAAUAGUUCUUAUGCUACGGAGCUUCAGGGAUCGAUUAGGAGCUGUGCUUUCAAUUUUUACGUGCAGCUGGCAUGCAAAUUGCACGAAAUAGACGUACUACAUUUAAUCCACCGUCGCGUCGAAGGAGCGAAGGAUAGUCGGAAUAUCAAGGAAUUUUAGCCACUUUCGUCCAACAUAUCGUUUUCAAACUGUCAAAGUUUCAUGAAGUUGUCCAGUAUGUGAGUUCCUCGAAAAACAUAAGUUUUCGAAAGGGGUUAAUAACAAACUAUAGCUUACUCAAAUGUCCUAGUCACAGCUUGGACAACUGUACACCACUGAUGUACCUAUUUUAUGAUUGGUGCAAGGAAUUCCUCAUAACAGGCAAAUGGUAUGUACUGCAACUUACAGGCCACUACACAGAAUCGUUUCGGAAAAUGGGUGUUUUUCAUGAGAGAACGUGCCAUACAUGCACGAGCUACUCUCGAUAGAUCAAAUCAGCAAGAUUUAUUAUGACCGACUGUUGAUGAUUCAGAUACUGGUAGUAGUACAAUUAUAUAAGGUUUCCGGAGAAGCCUCAUCGUCCUCACAGGUGGAGUGCUGGAUGAGAGAUGCAAAGUUCUGCACUGAGGCUCAUGAUAUGAAUGUAGGACUACCCAUUUCUCACAUUCGACCCAGGUCGACUGUGAAUGUAGCCACUCCCAAUGUACACUGGGAAAACAGCCUAGCAUUUCUGGCCUGCACCCAUCAGCAAAUAACACAAUAUUUGCUGACAAUUGAAAGUUCUUAAGUAAACGAAAACAUGCUCCGCUUAAGUGUCGCAUUUAUCUUCA